AUGGCUCCCGCUGUCGGUAUCGACUUGGGUACGACGUACUCUUGCGUCGGUGUCUUCCGUGAGGAUCGGUGCGAAAUCAUUGCCAACGACCAGGGUAACAGAACCACUCCCUCUUUCGUUGCCUUUACCGAUACAGAGCGUCUUAUUGGAGAUGCCGCCAAGAACCAGGUCGCCAUGAACCCCAUCAACACAGUCUUCGACGCCAAGCGUCUCAUUGGUCGCAAGUUCACCGACGCAGAGGUCCAGGCCGACAUGAAGCACUUCCCCUUCAAGAUCAUUGAGCGUGGCGGCAAGCCCGUCAUCCAGGUCGAGUUCAAGGGCGAGACCAAGGUCUUCACCCCUGAGGAGAUCUCCUCCAUGGUCCUCACCAAGAUGCGUGAGACCGCUGAGGCCUACCUCGGUGGCACCGUCAACAAUGCCGUCGUCACCGUCCCCGCCUACUUCAACGACUCUCAGCGUCAGGCUACCAAGGACGCCGGUCUCAUUGCUGGCCUCAACGUCCUCCGUAUCAUCAACGAGCCCACUGCCGCUGCCAUUGCCUAUGGUCUCGACAAGAAGAUUGAGGGCGAGCGCAACGUCCUCAUCUUCGACUUGGGCGGUGGUACCUUCGAUGUCUCUCUCCUCACCAUUGAGGAGGGUAUCUUUGAGGUCAAGUCCACUGCUGGUGACACCCAUUUGGGAGGUGAGGACUUCGACAACAGACUUGUAAAUCAUUUCUGCUCUGAGUUCAAGCGCAAGCACAAGAAGGAUCUUUCCGGCAACCCCCGUGCCCUGCGCCGUCUCCGCACGGCCUGCGAGCGUGCCAAGCGUACCCUCUCCUCCAGCGCACAGACCUCCAUUGAGAUCGACUCUCUCUACGAGGGUAUCGAUUUCUACACCUCCAUCACCCGUGCCCGCUUCGAGGAGUUGUGCCAGGAUCUUUUCCGCUCUACCCUCCAGCCCGUCGACCGCGUCCUUACCGAUGCCAAGAUCGACAAGUCCCAGGUCCACGAGAUCGUCCUUGUCGGUGGCUCCACCCGUAUUCCCCGCAUCCAGAAGCUUAUCACCGAUUACUUCAAUGGCAAGGAACCCAACAAGUCUAUCAACCCCGAUGAGGCUGUUGCCUAUGGUGCCGCCGUCCAGGCCGCCAUUCUCUCCGGUGACACUUCCUCCAAGUCCACCAACGAGAUCUUGCUUCUCGAUGUUGCCCCUCUGUCCCUCGGUAUCGAGACCGCUGGUGGUAUGAUGACCAAGCUCAUUCCCCGCAACACCACCAUUCCCACCAAGAAGUCUGAGGUCUUCUCUACCUUCUCCGACAACCAGCCUGGUGUGCUUAUCCAGGUCUACGAGGGUGAGCGCCAGCGCACCAAGGACAACAACUUGCUCGGCAAGUUCGAGCUUACUGGCAUUCCCCCCGCUCCCCGUGGUAUUCCCCAGAUUGAGGUUACCUUCGAUCUUGAUGCCAACGGAAUCAUGAACGUCUCUGCCCUUGAGAAGGGCACUGGCAAGACCAACCAGAUUGUCAUCACCAACGACAAGGGUCGUCUCUCCAAGGAGGACAUUGAGCGCAUGCUUGCUGAGGCCGAGAAGUUCAAGGAGGAGGAUGAGGCUGAGGGUGCCCGUGUCGCUGCCAAGAACGGCCUUGAGUCGUAUGCCUACUCCCUGCGCAACACUCUCUCCGACCCCAAGGUCGAUGAGAAGCUUGACGCCUCCGACAAGGAGACUCUCAAGACCGAGAUUGACAAGAUCGUCGCUUGGCUCGAUGAGUCUCAGCAGGCUACCAAGGAGGAGUACGAGGAUCGCCAGAAGGAGUUGGAGGGUGUUGCCAACCCCAUCAUGAUGAAAUUCUACGGUGCUGGCGGUGCCCCCCCUGGUGGCAUGCCCGGCGGUGCUCCUGGCGGUUUCCCCGGUGGUGCCGGUGGCCCUGGUGCCACCCACGAUGACGGCCCCACCGUCGAGGAGGUCGACUAA